AUGUCUGAUGAUUAUUAUACCAUUCUUGAUGUUUCUAAAACAGCUUCAGACGAAGAAUUAAAGAAAGCAUAUAGAAAGAAGGCUUUAAAAUAUCAUCCUGACAAGAACCCAGGAGAUAAACAAGCAGAAGAAAAAUUUAAAGAAAUUACUGAGGCUUAUCAGAUAUUGUCAGACAAAGAUAAACGGGUGUUGUAUGACAGAUAUGGUAAAGAGGCAUUUACAAGAGGUUCUAAUACUUCACAUUCUGAAUUUUUCAAUAGAGAUCAGUUUGUGUUCAGAACAAGUGAAUAUGCGACAGACCCAUUCAGAUUUUUUGAAGAAAUGUUUGGUGGUUUUGGAAUGUUUGCAGGAGGGCCAAGUUUUCAAAGAAAAAAACUUCAAGAUUUAACAUUCAAUUUAAACUUAACACUCGAAGAAAUAUUUUUUGGAACAAAAAAAGAGGUUAGAUUUAAACGGAUAGUGUCUGAAUUAGGGGAACAAAGUUAUGAAAUAGAUACUGUUCAAGUAAAAGUUCCUGAAGGGUCAAAGGUUGGUACCAGAAUAGUAUUUGAAAAUAGAGGUAAUAAAAAAUAUGGUUAUAGAAAUGGUGAUUUAGUGUUUAUUGUUCAAGUUAAAAAACAUGAACUUUUUGAUUUAAUAGGGAGUGAUUUACAUUGUUCAGCUGACGUUUCUUUAGAAGAAUAUUUGACAGUUAUUAAAUUAGAGAUAGAAAAUAUUGAUAAUGAAAAUAUUUCACUAGUAUUGAAUGAGCAAUACCUUAAAGGAAAAGAUAUUAUCCUUGAAGGUAAAGGGAUGUUAGUACUAAAUAGACGUGGAGAUAUGGUUUUACAUUUAAAUGUGAAUUAUCCAACAAUUUUAACAGACAAACAAAAAAAGGAACUUCUUAAAAUACUCUAA